GACAGUGCCUAGCAUACUAGAAGUUUGCUUUUAUCACCAAUUGGAGAGGUGAGACGAAGUUACAGCCGGGGUUUUGGCGCAUGAAUUUACUUUCGUCUUUAAUCUGGCAUAGAAAUAUUUAUAUGCGAAGAAGACCCAACAUGCGAUGUCUACGUUUUCCCAACGGCAGCAGCACUGCGACACUCCAGAGCUCUUCCAUGCAUCCGCCUCGCGCAAGAUCAGCAUUUGCAACAUCAUCGUUCUUCCCUAGGUACACUACCGCCCCUUUCAAAAGUCCAAGCCCAUCACCAUAUCCGCCGACGGUGAACACAACAUCGAGAACAAUUCGUCGUCGGUCCACUGCACCGUCAAGUCAACGUCAUCUAUUUCAAGCAACAAAGGAACUGCCAGUGAGCACGACUUAUCUUGGACCCAAUCCGCAAUUUCGGCCACGAUUGUCUUUUGCUACUGUAACGACGAUGGCCACCCAGCCAAAAAUUCACGACGUGUUCGAGAGUAAGACAGGUACUUGGCAGUAUGUGGUUGCGGACCCGGUCACCUCGAGCGCCGCUAUCAUCGAUCCCGUGCUUGACUUUGAACCGGCAACCCAAGCCCUGACUACUGGGAGUGCAGAUGCUUUGCUUUCUCUGGUCAGGGAACAGGGCUAUAAGGUAGACUUGAUCCUGGAGACCCACGCUCACGCAGACCAUGUCACCGCCGGCUCUUAUCUCCAGAGCCGAUUGUCCCAGACGCAAGGCCACAAACCGCCCAUAGGUAUCGGCAAGCGUAUUGCUAGAAUUCAAGAUUUGUUCAGUAAGAGGUACAACGUACCGGCCGAUGAGAUUGACGGCGUGUUUGAACGUCUGUUCGAUGACGAUGAGGUCUUCCAGAUCGGGACCUUGAAGGCGAAGGCAAUUCAUCUCCCCGGUCACACACCUGACCACAUAGGAUACCUGAUCGGAGACAAUGUUUUUUGUGGUGACUCUAUCUUCCACGCAGAUAUUGGGACCGCCCGGUGCGAUUUCCCUGGUGGCAGCGCAGGCGAUCUUUACAGGUCAGGGCGGAAACUCCUCAGCUUACCAGACCAUGUGAAAAUAUGGACUGGACACGACUACCCCUCACACGGCAGGAAACCCUCGCCUUGUAUGAGCGUCGAGGAGCAUAAGAAGCAGAAUAAGCACCUGAGGGACGGCAUAACUGAGCAGGACUUUGUGGCUAUGCGCAAUGAGCGGGAUCGGGCUUUGGCUGCGCCUAGGCUCAUACAUCCCUCUCUUCAGAUGAAUAUCCGGUCAGGGCGUUUGCCCAAGCCAACGUCGUCGGGACAGCAAAUGCUGCAUCUGCCGUUGAAUAUACAGGAGCACGCUCAAUGGUAAUGGACAACAUGUUGCAUGUUCUGUGUGCCGCUGAGACUGGAGGAAACGGGUAUCAGAUUUGGUCCAUCGAUCAUUGUUAGGCGCGCGUUCAAUCGCUGUCUUUUUUGAGGUUAUAUCGAGACGUCUCGUUCUUAUUGAAAC